AUGGCGCCUGCCACAUCGCCCGUCGUGGAGAUUCCGGUCGAGUCGGUCGCAAAGCGGAAGAGAGUCGACGAGGACGUGACGGACUCGGCGCAUGGAAAUUCUCAGGAUUUGAAGCGGAGGAAGGCCAACACGGUCGUAGAUGGACGCAUAUCUGUCCCCAACCCGGUGACUGCUGUUCAGGCUGGAGUGAGUGAAAGACAGGAACCGGUGACUGUGGAUCCGAGUAGGAUACAUGAUGCUAUCGAGUCACAGUUCAGCCUGGAAAUUCUCUUGAAGCACAACGAGUUACGUCUGAUCAACCAAGAGCUCGCCAAAUGUCAAGUCGCAUUGGAGCAGCUUCGUCGUUGUCACUUGAUUUCUUAUCCUGUCUCUCAAACGGCUUCUGAGUCGAUGAUCAAUAUCAGCAACGGGGUGGGUCCAGUCCUGGCUCAAAAGGACAAAGUUCCGCAAUGGGCUGCACCUUAUGGUGUCACUGAUGGCCCAUACUCGAGACAUUAUGCCAAGUGGCUCAUUCCCGAUUCCAGCUUCGACGGUUCACAGGGCGAGUGGCAACGAAGUCUCGACGAAUCACGUGCCGGUAAAUCAGUACCGGAGGGUCGUUCUACGAGGUACAGCAUCGCUGAAGGAGCCAUGCCUGCCAGCAAAUCUAGAUCUCAAAGGGGCUCUACCGCGCAAAAAUUUCAAGCUCUAUCUAGCGGCUAUCCGCCACCAAAAGAGAAGGCUGGGCCUUGUAUUCUCAAGCGUGGAGAUGGUCAGUGGGUUAAGCUUGUCUGUCCUGAGUGUCACCGUGACAACUUUUCCAGUACUCAGGGCUUCAUCAACCAUUGUCGUAUUGCACACAAGAUCGAAUUCAAGAGCCACGAAGAAGCUGCCGUUGCAAGUGGGCAGCCGAUUGAGAUCGAUGAAGUGGGAGGCAUUGUUGGCGAGGAGAAGAGUCCAACGACUAUCAACAAUCUUGUACAUCCAAUGAUCCGAAGUGCUCCACCAGACCGAGCAGCGUAUGCUGCACUGUUAUCUCGCAUCGAAGCUUCUACCAAAUUGUUCGAACAAGGCAAGCUUCCUGGUGUCACUUCGAUACCAACAAGUGCGGCCUCGACGCUAGUCACCCCAAGUCGCAGCUUUGUUCCUUCAUCUGUCACACCUCAUCUUUCCGAGCUCAUGCGCAGUAAGGGCUUUGGUGGGAAUCUGAACGACAUCGUUGGUGAAGCUAAGCAAAAGAUUGACCUAGAUGAUAUGUCAUCACACGAUGAAGACUCUGGUGCUGAAACAGACAUCACUGUCCCUCCUCGUCUUGAUGGUGCAAACUCACCGCUUCCAGUAAUGCGGAUGCCGGCACGAGCUGGCAUGUCACCCGCACCCAUUGGUCGACCUGGUAGCAGCAAAGGUGUUGAUGGUAGAAAUGCUCGACAACCUGCUCUAAGUGGCAUCUCGCCUCGGUUAUCUUAUGCAACUCCGGUCAUCAAUACCAUUUCAACUACAAACAAUGCUACGCCUUCACGUCUAGCUGAGACUCCUUUGGACCAUCACCAUAUGGUUGAUGUGGAUGUGGAAAUGCUUGAUGGACCUUCACUCAUUGAUUUGAGCCCGAACACCAUUGCAAGCAACAACGCACCAAGUUUGGUCAGUGAUGAUGGCGAGUACGAUGAAGGUGAUGAUGCAGAGAGUGCUAGCUCUGGUGAGGAAGACGAUGAUAGCGUCGCCGAGAUUCAGUUUGAGGAUGAUGGAGAAAAGGUGGUUCCUAGGACCGUCCUCAGGAAUCGGUCGGGAAGCGGGAGUGAUGCGAUGCGAUUGAGGAAAGAGGACAAACACGUCACUUUUGUGGUGGAAGAUGUUAUGGAGCAACAAGAAGAGGAGGGCAACGAUGAGGAGGAGAUUUCCGCAAUGAAGAGACGGGUUGCAGAGAUGGAAGAGGAGGCAGCCAAGCUGAGAGAGAUGCAAGCCGAUAUCGACCAACAAAAGAACGAGAUGCAGGAUGGCAAGGAGGACAUCGAUUCAAGAAGCAUCUUCGUCGGCAACGUAGACUACUCUGCGUCGCCGGAGGAGAUUCAGGCUCACUUCCAGAGCUGUGGUUCCAUCAACCGUGUCACCAUCCUGCUGGACAAGUUCACUGGCCAUCCCAAGGGGUAUGCGUAUGUGGAGUUCUCUGAACCAAGCCUCGUCGCUCAAGCUCUUGUCUUGAACGAGAGUGUCUUUCACGGACGUAACCUCAAGUUUCUGCGCUUCGAAAGUGACGACCACUCUUCCUUCCGUCGCCCGCCCAGGAUCCCAGGAACCUCCCAUCAAUGUCGAGCAGUAGAGUGGAUUCGAGUCUGCCAGCGAUUUCCAGAUCCCUUUGCAGUGGCGACGCUCGGUGGAGAGCAGACCAAGACGACGACCGUCAUCAAGCGGACCUUGAACCCAUACUGGAAUGAGAGCUUUGAUCUCCGUGCCAACGAAGAUAGCAUCCUAGCAGUCCAGAUCUUUGAUCAAAAGAAGUUCAAGAAGAAGGAUCAAGGUUUUCUCGGCGUCAUCAAUGUUCGAGUUGGAGAUGUAGUCGACUUCUCGUCUGGGCAGGACCGAGAACUGCCACCUUUAUGGGAACAGAGACAUACUCCCGAAGGUCGACCAUAUUUCGUGGAUCACAACACUCGAACUACUACCUGGGUAGAUCCAAGACGGCAGCAGUAUAUCCGGAUGUAUGGUGGACAAAAUGCCAACAAUACUAUCCAGCAACAGCCAGUAUCUCAGCUGGGUCCCUUGCCCAGUGGUUGGGAAAUGCGACUCACAAAUACAGCACGUGUAUACUUUGUGGACCAUAACACAAAGACAACCACUUGGGACGAUCCUCGAUUGCCAUCAUCCUUGGACCAGAACGUACCACAAUACAAGCGUGACUUCCGACGCAAGCUCAUCUACUUCAGAUCUCAGCCUGCGCUCCGUAUUCUCUCUGGCCAAUGCCACGUCAAGGUUCGAAGAUCCCAUAUCUUCGAAGACUCGUAUGCCGAGAUCAUGCGUCAAUCUGCUACAGAUUUGAAGAAGCGACUAAUGAUCAAGUUCGAUGGCGAAGAUGGUCUCGAUUAUGGUGGUCUUUCCAGAGAGUUCUUUUUCUUAUUGUCCCAUGAGAUGUUCAAUCCUUUCUACUGCCUAUUCGAAUACUCCGCCCACGACAAUUACACGCUUCAGAUCAACCCUCACUCUGGUAUCAACCCUGAGCAUCUUAACUAUUUCAAGUUCAUUGGCCGUGUUGUUGGCCUGGCUAUCUUCCAUCGACGUUUCCUUGACGCAUUUUUCAUCGGGGCUCUAUACAAGAUGAUGCUUAAUAAGGCGGUUGCUUUGUCCGACAUGGAAGGUGUUGAUGCGGAUUUCCACCGCAGUCUUCAAUGGAUGCUCGAUAAUCCUAUCGAGGGUGUUCUGGACCAGACCUUCUCCACAGAAGACGAGAGAUUCGGCCAGACUAAUGUCGAGGACUUGAAACCUGGUGGACGAGACAUUGAGGUCACAGAUGCCAACAAGAAGGAGUAUGUUGACCUUAUGGUGAAGUGGAGAAUCCAGAAGCGUAUCGACGAACAGUUCCAAGCCUUCAUCAAUGGUUUCCAUGAGCUGAUCCCGGCUGAACUUGUCAACGUCUUCGAUGAGCGUGAAUUGGAGCUCUUGAUUGGUGGUAUUGCGGAGAUCGAUGUCGAGGACUGGAAGAAGCACACGGAUUACAGAGGAUACACCGAAUCGGACGAGGUCAUCAAAUUCUUCUGGCAGACAAUUAGAAGUUGGGACGGAGAACAGAAGUCACGUCUACUUCAGUUCGCAACGGGAACGUCUCGUAUUCCGGUCAACGGUUUCAAAGAUCUUCAAGGAAGUGAUGGACCCAGACGAUUUACAAUCGAGAAAGCUGGAGAAGUGAAUAAUUUGCCGAAGUCUCACACAUGUUUCAACCGACUCGACUUACCGCCUUACAAGAGUCUCGAAGCAUUACAAACGAAAUUGACGAUGGCAGUAGAGGAGACGAUGGGUUUCGGGCAGGAGUGA